AUGUCUUCCAACGUUGCUUUCUUCUUCGUUUUCGCUUUACUCGCCACCACCGCUUUUGGUGAAGCACCUUCCACCUCACCCACCGCCGCACCAAAAGCUUCACACGCUGCGCCUGCACCUAAAGCCACCGCCACUCCACCUUCUUCCACUACCACACCACCAAAAUCAUCCGCCACAUCACCAACAUCCUCACCAGCUCCCAAGGUUUCAUCUCCACCUUCUCCAACACCAACCUCCGCUGAAGCUCCCGUUGAAUCUCCCACCGAGUCUCCACCCGCUCCCGUUUCUCCCACCGUCUCUCCAGCGACCUCUCCCGUUGCUUCUGGACCUGCUGUCAGCGAUGCUCCUGCUGAGGCUCCCGCUGGUUCUAGCGCCGCCGCUUCAUUCAGAGUCUCCUUCGUUGGCGGAUCUGUCGCCGCUUUCGUCGCUGCUGCUUUACUGAUGUAG